GUGGCGCACGACCGCACGCCCGCCAGUUUCAGUCUCCAGAAAAGAAGAAGAGAAACGGUCUCGCCGGUUGAAAUCUGCCUUGAAUACGCUUCCGAUGCAAGAAGUUGCGACGAAGCUUCGCGGGACUGAUUAUUUUAAUCCCCGGUGAAGUUGUUAUUAAUCUCCCCUCCUUCCUGGCGAUUUCUGCAGCGAGAGACGGAAGAGACUGGUUCUCAAAGUCAGAGAGAUGGGGCAAGGAGGACAGGAUUGCGGAAACCUUGAAGCCAUCUCGAAGAAGUUGAAUGACCGUGAGGCGAUGUUCCCCGCUUGGGCGAGAGAUAUCCCCGAGUGCGAGAAGCACUACCGCACCAGCAGGGCCUCGGGGCUCAAGUCCAGGGAUGUCGAGAGGAGGCGCAAGCUGUAUGGCCCCAACGAGCUGGAACACCACGAGGGGGUCUCGAUCUUUAGCCUCAUCCUCGAGCAGUUCAACGACACGCUCGUCCGGAUCCUGCUUGGCGCUGCGGUCGUCUCCUUCGUGCUCGCCUGGUAUGAGGGCGAGGGAGGCAGUGCCAACAAGGAGAUCACCGCCUUCGUGGAGCCACUGGUGAUAUUCCUGAUCCUGAUCUUGAAUGCGACUGUCGGGGUGUGGCAGGAGAGCAAUGCUGAGAAGGCUCUGGAGGCGCUGAAGGAGAUUCAGUCUGAGCAGGCGACGGUGGUGCGAGAUGGGAAGAGGAUUCUGAAUUUGCCCGCGAGGGAGCUCGUGCCAGGGGAUAUUGUGGAGCUCAAGGUCGGAGACAAAGUGCCGGCAGAUAUGCGUGUCGUGGGGUUGAUCAGCUCCACAUUGCGGUUGGAGCAGGGCUCCUUGACUGGAGAGAGCGAGGCUGUGAACAAGACGAGCAAGGCCAUUGCGGAGGACGCGGACAUACAGGGCAAGAGAUGCAUGGUCUUCGCAGGGACGACCGUGGUGAACGGUAAUUGUAUCUGUUUGGUCACUCAGACCGGGAUGGAGACCGAGCUUGGGAAAGUACACAAGCAAAUCCAUGUGGCGUCACAGAGCGAGGAGGACACCCCGUUGAAGAAGAAACUGAACGAGUUCGGGGAGGUCUUGACGAUGAUAAUCGGCAUGAUUUGCGCACUUGUCUGGCUCAUCAGCGUCAAGUACUUCCUAACCUGGGAGUAUGUAGACGGGUGGCCGACGAAUUUCAAAUUCUCAUUUGAGAAGUCCGCUUAUUACUUCGAGAUUGCUGUGGCAUUGGCUGUGGCUGCAAUUCCCGAAGGUCUGCCUGCCGUGAUCACGACUUGCCUGGCGCUCGGGACGAGGAAGAUGGCACAGAAGAAUGCCCUUGUUAGGAAACUCCCAAGCGUCGAGACCUUGGGGUGCACGACGGUGAUCUGUUCAGAUAAAACUGGCACAUUGACCACUAACCAAAUGGCUGUGGCGAAGCUGGUGGCUGUUGGUUCGUCGCCCGAUCAGUUGAGGACCUUCAAGGUCGAAGGGACAACUUACAAUUCGUUAGAUGGCAAAAUUCACGACUGGCCAACCGGCCACAUGGAUGCUAAUCUUCAAAUGAUAGCACAAAUCGCCGCUGUAUGCAACGAUGCUGGUGUUGCGCGGUCGGAGCACAAGUUCAUUGCCCACGGGAUGCCCACCGAGGCUGCUUUAAAGGUUUUGGUCGAGAAAAUGGGUAUGCCCAAAGAGGCUCCUGAGAGCAACGAACUUCUGCGUUGCUGCAAAUGGUGGAGUGAAUAUGAGCGUCGGAUCGGGACACUGGAAUUCGACCGAGAUAGGAAGUCUAUGGGAGUCAUUGUGAGUUCCGGUGCCGGGAAGAAGUUGCUGCUUGUGAAGGGCGCUGUAGAAAGUGUAUUAGAGAGAAGCAGCAAAAUUCAAUUGCUUGAUGGCUCAAUUGUGGAACUGGAUGAGAACUCAAGAAGCUCCAUCUUGCAAUCUCUUUAUGAAAUGUCGACUGGCGCACUGCGUUGUCUGGCUUUUGCAUUCAGAGACGAGCUGCCUGAGUUCGAGAGCUAUGACGGUUCUGAAGACCAUCCUGCUCAUAAACUUCUGCUUAAUCCAUCUAAUUAUUCGACAAUAGAGAGUAGAUUAGUUUUUGCUGGCUUGGUGGGACUGCGAGAUCCUCCAAGAGAAGAAGUCAAUCAAGCCAUUCAGGACUGCAGGGCAGCGGGCAUCCGCGUCAUGGUUAUCACCGGAGAUAACAAGAACACAGCGGAAGCCAUAUGUCGCGAAAUAGGAGUUUUCAAACAUGACGAGGACAUCAGCUUCAAAAGCUUGACGGGAAAAGAGUUCAUGAAUUUGCAGAACAAGAAGGAUCACCUGAGGCAAACCGGAGGCCUCCUGUUCUCCCGGGCCGAACCAAGGCACAAACAAGAAAUAGUUCGGUUGCUCAAAGAAGACGGUGAAGUUGUUGCCAUGACCGGUGACGGAGUGAACGAUGCACCUGCCCUGAAACUGGCCGAUAUUGGCAUAGCAAUGGGCAUUGCUGGAACUGAGGUUGCGAAGGAAGCUUCCGACAUGGUCUUGUCUGAUGACAAUUUCAGUACAAUAGUCGCAGCCGUUGGCGAAGGAAGAUCUAUCUACAACAAUAUGAAGGCCUUCAUCAGGUACAUGAUCUCUUCAAACAUCGGCGAGGUCGCUUCCAUCUUCUUGACAGCGGCUCUAGGAAUUCCCGAAGGUCUGAUACCUGUCCAGCUUCUGUGGGUCAAUCUUGUGACCGAUGGACCGCCUGCGACUGCCUUGGGAUUCAAUCCUCCAGAUAAGGACAUAAUGCAAAAGCCGCCGCGCAAAAGCAACGAUUCUCUCAUCAGCAAGUGGAUUCUGUUCCGCUAUCUGGUCAUUGGACUCUAUGUAGGGAUUGCAACUGUGGGUGUCUUUGUCAUUUGGUACACACAGGCCUCCUUCUUGGGCAUUGACCUUAGCGGCGAUGGACACACGCUCGUGUCGUACAAUCAGCUUGCGAACUGGGGUCAGUGCUCGUCCUGGACGAACUUCACCGUCACGCCCUUCACCGCCGGGAACCAGGUCCUCACCUUCGACAGCGACCCAUGCGACUAUUUCCACGGAGGGAAAGUCAAGGCCACGACUUUGUCUCUCUCGGUGCUGGUCGCGAUAGAGAUGUUCAACUCUCUCAAUGCCCUCUCUGAGGACACGAGCCUGUUGAUUAUGCCCCCCUGGGUCAACCCAUGGCUCUUGGUGGCCAUGUGUGUCUCAUUCGGGCUUCACUUCCUGAUCCUAUACAUCCCUUUCCUCGCUCAGGUUUUCAGCAUCGUGCCUCUCAGCUUCAACGAGUGGCUUCUGGUACUCGUGGUCGCACUUCCGGUGAUCUUUAUCGAUGAGGUUUUGAAGUUCGUUGGGAGGCGUAUGAACAGGCUUCAACGAUCCACGGGGCGAAAACCCGUGAAGCCAAAGUCAGAGUGAGACAUCGUGCCUCUCAGCUCUCGAUCUCCAAGUGUCAGCUGCUUACUACGUUGAUGCCUCGAUGAGAUGCCUGUAUAGUAUAUAUGCAAUAUGCAUCUCUUUCUUGGUCCGUCCUGACUUCUUGUAUCAAGGUUUCGUGUUUUCGUUUUGCUUUGGAAACAUACUAAGGAUGCAAUAUUGUACC